AUGUCCCGCGAACAAUACCAAGUGCCCAACAUGGGCGGCCAGAACGCCUUCAGCGGUGAUGGCAUGGGCGCUGGCGCCGGCUCCCUGGAUGGUCCGGUGGUCGCGUACCUGUGCGGCGAGUGCAAUUCGCGUGUUUCGUUGAAGAGAGGAGACCAGAUUCGGUGUAAGGAGUGUGGGCAUCGGGUGUUGUAUAAGGAGAGGACGAAGAGAAUGGUUCAGUUCGAGGCGCGGUGA